AUGACAUCGAUUUGGUUUUUUAUUUGUUUAGUUAAAAUUAAAGCAUCAACUCAAAGUUACUUUGCUAGUAAUAGCGAUUUAAAUGAUGAGAUAGAUGAUCCUGAUAGUUACACUUCUCAACCAACAUCAUUGACAUUCAAAUCGUCCAAUGAUCAUAACAUCAACAGUAAAUUAAGUAAUAAACAUUCAAAUCGAAACAAAUCAACACCAUCUUCAACAACAACAACAACAACAUCUUUGACAACAAACGCAAAGUCAACUUCACCAUCACCAUCAACUUCAUCGUCGUCAUCAUCAUUAUCAUCGAGUUACAAGAGUACAACUACUUCUAAUUCAGUUAAUAGUAAUAGUAAUAGUGGUGGUUAUUCACAAUCGAAACAAGACAAUGUAAUAUCACCACCAGUAUCUCCUACCAUUAGCAACAACAAUGGUAAAAGCUCAGUAUUAGAAGAACCUACAAUUAAGUUUAGAUGUAUAUUUGGAUCGUUUGCGAUUUGUCCAAACAGAUUUAAAGAGGAACAUCUACGAGAAUAUUCACACGACGAUGAACCAUCCUCCAACAUUGAUGAUACUAGUUCAUUCGAUUUAAGUGAAAAGUCAUCACCAAAAUCAUUCAGUGUCUCUUCUUUGUCUUCGAGUGGAAGAUCACCAGCAACAUCAACAACGACAACAGCAACAAUAACAUCCGAUAGUUUCGAUAUAUCAUCAAGCGAUAAAGUUAAAAAGAGAUUGUUAAAUGAGAGUGGUGGUGGUAGUGGUCAUUCACAAGCUUCACCACAUUCACAACAUCAAAAAAUAGUAUCACCAGCAGCCUCUCAAUCAUCAUCUUCACAAUCAACGAUACCAGAUUUAGACGAUACUGUCAUAAAGAAACUACCAGAGUUUAAAAAGAGAAAGAAACUACAUGAAAAGAAUACACCAAUAAUAAAAGACGAAAUAGAAGAUAUUGUAAAUACAUCAACGACAACAACAACAACAACGACAACUAAAACAAAAUCAACAAAUAGUAAUAGUAUUAAUAAUAGCAAUUUUAAUAAUAAUAAUAAUAAUAAUAAUAAUAGUAAUAAUUAUAAAAAGCCUUUAAGUAGUAAUAAUAAUAAUGAUAAUAGUUUAAAGAAUACAAAGAUUUUUGAAGAUUUGGAUAUAUUUAAUGAAGAGCCUCUUGAAGAGUCGGUACAUGUAGCUUCAAAAGCAAAAAUAACGAAAAAGAAUACAAGUGAACCAAGUAUAUUUAAAAGAAAUUCAAAAGAUAGUAGAGCAUGGACUGAAAAGUAUGAACCAAAGACAGAGGAUGACAUAAGACUAACGAUACAUCGAAAAAAGGUUGAUGAAGUGAAGCAGUGGUUUCAAGAUAGAUCCAAUGAAAUAUCAAAUGGUACACUUAUUACACAAAAGAUGUUGAUUAUGACAGGACCGGCAGGUGUUGGUAAGACGGCACUUACAAGAGUAUUUGCAAAUCAAUUUGGAUUCAAUUUGGAAGAAUGGACAAACCCUGUAAUGGAUAUAGUCAAGGAUAAGGAUGACAAGGUUGUCAGUUAUUACAAACCUCAAUUGGAGAUCUUCAAGAGUUGGUUGAAAUCAAAUGAGAGAUGUGAUUUGUUUGGAAAUGUACUGGGCAAAAAGAAAUUGUUGAUCAUCGAAGAAACCCCGAAUGUUCAAUCACCUGGCAUCCUAGCAGAGUUUAGAGAAGGAAUGAAGCAGUUUCUAAGGAGAACCAUUUUCCCUUUGAUCUUUAUUUACUCUGACAGCUCAGUUGCCAACACCAAUCUAUCGAAAAUAUUUGAUUAUCAACUACAAAACAAUAGUUUAACUCAACACAUUAGUUUUAAUCCAAUUGCACCAGUUACACUUUUUAAAUAUUUAAAGGAUAUUUCGAUUACUGAGGGAUUCAAUAUUGAAGACGAUCAAAUUGAAUCGAUUCGAUUGGAGAGUGGAGGUGAUAUCAGAGCAUCUAUUAAUUCAUUGGAGUUCCAUUGUAUUGGUAAGGUCAGACAGGUUAUUGUCAAGCCCAAAAAGUCAAAAAGAGCAACCAAUACCACCAAAACGACAACAUCUACUCCAAAAAAUAGAGAUCAAUCUAUUUCACUAUUCCAUUCACUAGGAAAGGUUUUAUAUAACAAAAGAAUACCGGAUACACUUCCUAAGGAUGAAUGGUAUAGAGAUGAAUAUUUACGAGAGAAAAUGGAAAGCAAUCCUGAGCAAUCAUUUGAAAAUUCACAUGUCGAUGGAAAUAUGUUUACAAUGUUUCUCCAGGAAAACUUUCUUUCCUUUUAUUCCGACAUUGAAGAGAUCAGCGAUACACUGGGGUACCUGAGUGACUCUGAUACAAUCGCUUCAGCCAAAUCAAAUGUUGACUCGAUCAAUCCUCACUCCAUGUCGAUUUCACUCAGAGGAUUCAUGUAUUGUCACACCAAACAAGCAUCGUUUCGAUUCUUUCAUUUUGUUAAACCACACUUUCAACAAUCGUACGAUCAAUCACAGGCAAUACAAGAUUCAAUCAAAGGUUUCAUUUACAACCAACAGGUCCCAUCAGCAGUAUCAUCAUCAUUAUCGCCAAUCACAAACCAACCUAGAAACAAUCUUUCGUCUUUUCAAACUACUCUUUCGCUGUACGAGCAUUCGACCCUACUCAGACACACACUACCUUUUCUUUCCUAUAUGAGCAGACAAAGAGGAAUCAUGCCAUACCUCAACGAUGUAAACAAUCCAUAUUCCGCUUUUCUCAAAGGAGAAGGUCGCUUAAUCCUCGAUAGACUGUGUCUUAUUAAUCCAAAGAUAUAUGGUAGUUAUGCAAGCCAAAAAGAUUACCAAAUAGGUGAAAAGAGUACUUUUGCUACAGAGAACGAUACAGAUGAAGUUCAAAAUAACCAAAACAAUCAAUCAAAUGGACAAAGAAAUAAUUUUAAUAAUAAUAGUAAUUUUGGUAAUAACAAUAAUAAUAAUAUUGGUGAUAGUGGUGGAGAUGAUCCUCAAAAAAGUACACGAAUACUUUAUGGAAAUAAUGAAGUAUUAGAAGAAGACGAUAUUAUUGAAUAA